CGGCGCCAGCGCCUGCGACGGCCAGCCGCAGCAAUAUUCGUGCUUCUAUAGAAGGUCGGGCCGAAGACAGCGCCCUAACAAGCUUUAUCGACCUAGGGUUAGCCCGUGGCGACUGCUACACCUCUACUGCUGACAUAAGCUGUAUCGAAGAAGCCAGCUAUCGGUUCCUGAGACAAAAGCUUCUUGUCCGCCGAGCCAGGACCUAGGCACAUCUGGAGAUUUCUUGAGAGAGCGUCUUUCGAGCAAGCAAGCUUGCUGGUGGGCCUAAGCACAGCCUUGUAGAAGCAAUGGCUCAUCAGCCCCCUGACCAAGACUCUCUUCACGGGGAGAAUGCUGCUCGGAGACAGGCAAUUACUGAGCUACUGUUCUUUGCAAGCGUUGGUGACCUUUACCGAUGCAAGAAGAUCAUCCACGCUUGGGGCCUUAAUAUUAAGGAUGCGUCCUGCUGUGAUUACGAUCGCCGCACGCCACUGCACCUGUCGGCCGCUGAGGGAGCCUUCUCGGUGGUGCUCUGGCUGCUAGACCACGGCGCGGAGGUCAACCCCAUUGACCGCUUUAAGCGGACGCCACUGGAGGACGCUGUGCGCGGUGACCACGGAGACCUGGCCACGCUACUCAUCCAGCGCGGCGGCAAGGUUCUGGACAAGGAGGGCAACCUGGUGGAGCUGGCGGACUCACCGCUGGCCGGCAAUGUGCGCAUUUUCACCGACUACGACCCAGAGUGGGAGAUUGACCCCGCCACCAUCAAGCAGACAGAGAAGAUCGGCGAGGGCGAGUUCGGAGUGGUGUACAAGGCCAAUUGGAACGGCACGAUUGUGGCUGUGAAGGUGCUGAAGGAGACGGGCGCGGUGGCGCUGGGUGACUUCCGCACGGAGCUCAACGUGCUGCAGAAGGUGCACCACCCGCACACGGUGCAAUUCCUGGGUGCAGUCACCAAGCAGACGCCCUUCAUGAUCGUGACGGAGUACAUGGUGGGGGGCUCCCUAGCGGACCUCUUCAGGGGUGCGUCCAGCGCCGCUCGGGGCCAGCGCUUCCCCAGCAUGUGGCGCUCCAUCCAGUUGGCGCUGGACAUGGCGCGGGGGCUGGCGUACCUACACAACCGCAGCCCGCAGGUGCGCGCGACACGGGGAGGUACAGCGGGCACACGCGACGCCGUCAUUCACCGCGACCUGUCCCUCCGCUCUGUCCUGUUAUCUACCCAAACCAAUCCUCACCCUGCCCUGCCCCUCUCUCCUCUCAUCCCUGCUACCACGCCCGGUCGUUGCGACCCACAGAAGCCCGCCAAUCUAAUGAUCGGCGGCCCCAAGGUCUUCACGGAAGCGCACAAGUUCAUCUGCCGCGAGGAGACCGGAGUCCUCAAGAUCGCGGACUUUGGUCUGUCCAAGUCGCUCAAGCUCACCAAGCCCAAGCGCCACAACCGCGACUCCGCCACCAACACACCCGACAACAGCGUCAUGAACGGCCGCGCCAACAGCACACACACGCCCAAAGGCGGGCUGGGCGCCUCGGUGCACAGCGCCACGGAGCACGACGCCAAGGCCACUCAGAGCUACAAGCUCACAGGCGAGACGGGCAGCUACCGCUACAUGGCGCCCGAGGUGUUCCGACACGAGCCCUACAACAACAAGGUGGACGUGUACAGCUUCGCCAUGAUCUGCUUCCAGCUGUUUGAGGGGUUGCCGCCCUACUGGAACAUGGACCCCAUCGAGGCGGCGCGCGCGGCGGCGCUCAAGGGGCUGCGGCCGACGUGGGGCGCAACCAACAAGCACGACCAGGUGGUGCCAGCGCGGCUGAAGCGGUUAGUGGAGACGUGCUGGAGUGCCGACUACGAGAGCCGGCCGGAGUUCGUGGAGGUGAUUGAGGAGCUGGAGCAGGUGAUCAAGGAGGUCAAGAUGGAGCUGCCGGAGACCGGCAAGCGGCCAACCAGCCCCAAGCUAACGCCCGGGGUGGCCAGCGCGGAGGACGGCCCGUGCUGCAGCGUGCAGUAAGGCCGCGGCGGCAGCUUUGGCUGAGCGCGACUGCGUCUUGGCGACGGGGAGGCAGUGGCGGUGGUGCCAGGCACUGGCGCAGCAGCUAUGGAGCGCUUGGAGCGCCAAGGAGUCCAGGGGGCGCGGAUUGUGAUGAGGUGGUGAUGCAGUCGUGGGCAGGGCUGCUGCCGGUCGUGUCCGCGGCUGGAAGCUCGGACGCGUCAGCCGCCGCCGCAAUGCGUGCGUGUGUGCGGCCAGCCGGCAGGCGGCACCUGCGGCGGCCCCAGACAUCUAGGCCUCAGUUAUGAGUUAUGACGCGUGUCAGCCAAGGCAGUCUUGGGCGGCAUAGUGUUACGGUAUGGGAUAACCCGGCUUUGUACUUUUGUGUGACGGUGACACGUUCGGCUCUGGUCGAUCCCUGCUUGCUGUUUGAGCCCGUGUGACUAUGCGUGUGGGACAGUGGACGAAACAGGUGUGGUGGGCGGGGUUGGUGGCAGGGGCGGUGAUCCGGGACCAAGCGCCUCGGCACCUAUCUAGCAUUAGCAGCGGCUGUGGACCACUGACGCAGUGAGUAACACUAUCACCGCAGAGCUAAUGUCUUCACUAUCGUUCAGGAACUGCAUCGUGUUCGAGGUUUGACGGGCGGGUUGAUGGUACCCUACCGUCUCAUGCAUGCGGGGCGCGCAGCGGGGCUGCUCGUCGCGGUUUGCAGGCGCACGGCGUCGGAGUGGUGGUGGGUUCCUCCCCUGCUGGUGGUGGCAGCAGCAUAUGAGGCUGCCUAGACGCAAGAGAGGCCACUCCCUUGUCCAUGACGCUGGGCGGCUGUUGCAGGCGGGCCUUGCAACAGAGUGGGUACUGGCAGCACGCCUGCGUCGGGACAGCGGUGACGCGUAUCGGACGCACCAAACACACUUGGAGUAGCGCGUCGGAAUGUAGGGUUGCCAGAUUCGUGCAGGCAACGCACUGUAUGGCUAAAGAGUUUGGGUGAUGCGGAUGGGGCCAAGGGCAGUUCGAGAGGCAGCAACUCGCGGUUGCCAACGCUUCCUCGUCUUCGUGGCUUACGCUGUAGUGCAUGGACAGAGGAAUGUUGCGGCGAUGGACUGCAUGAAGCCUCCGGGCGGGCAAGGUCGAAGAUUGACUGAAGCAGGUGACUUGGAUUAGGCCUGAUUAGGCUGAGAGUGUGGUGGCAGUAUGCGCGGCUGCAGCGACAAUUCCAGUUGCAGCUGUCAGGGCAGUUCUGCAGGGUCCGGUGGCCGCAAAGCAUGUCCUGGCCAUGCCCGUCAAACUGGCAUGCAUUCAGCGUGCAGCGCUGACGUGUCUCGUGUUGACGAGGCGCAAU